GAGAGUAGCUUAUGCUGUCUUGUACCCCACCAAAAAGCUGUCAGUGAGGGCAGAGCGGGGCAAGAAUUACCGAAAUCACAGCCGCUGUCGCUCAAACGAGUGUGUAAAUGUUUCAGGCCUCGCUUUUGAGAGCUGGAAGUAAAACGAGGACAAACAACAGUAGCAGCUUUCUCCCAUUCAAACUGCAUAAGGCCGUGUAGACUGAUACAGUGAUACAGGCUGCUGCUGCAAUACAGCGAGCAAAUGGCGUUGAAAAGGAUCCAAAAGGAGUUGACAGACCUACAGAGGGACCCGCCUGCCCAGUGUUCAGCAGGACCAGUGGGAGAAGACUUGUUUCACUGGCAGGCAACAAUAAUGGGGCCGAACGACAGUCCGUAUCAAGGCGGCGUCUUCUUCCUCACAAUCCACUUCCCUACGGACUACCCCUUCAAACCUCCUAAGGUUGCAUUCACAACAAAGAUCUACCACCCCAACAUCAACAGUAACGGCAGCAUCUGUCUCGAUAUCCUGCGGUCCCAGUGGUCUCCUGCCCUCACUGUAUCGAAAGUUCUCCUCUCAAUCUGUUCGCUGUUAUGUGAUCCGAACCCAGAUGACCCACUAGUGCCUGAGAUUGCACACACGUACAAAGCUGACAGAGAAAAGUACAACAGACUAGCGAGAGAAUGGACGCAAAAGUACGCCAUGUGAGAGUGCCUACACCUGCUGGAACACUGCAGCGAGCAAAACGGACAGAGGAACCUGUUUUAACGUUUUUGACACGGGACGAAAGAACAAGGUGGAGGACAGAUCAACACCAAACCUUUGGCUGGGAGGAAGCAGAGAGCGGAGGGGAAGAGACCGGAGACCACCUUUGAACGUCGGCCGCCGCGUGCUGCGAGCUGCUGCCGGACCGGUGCCUGGAUACAUGAGCCUGAAAAGAGCCUGGAAAAAAAACAGGAAACUUCUCUGGAAAACGGGACACCAGGCUACCACAAACCCAGGAAAUUAGACUUCUUUUGACUAUUAGUACUACUACUGCUGUUAUUGUGAUUGACUCUUUCUCAGUGUUCCUGUUUCCACUGUUUUUCUCAUUCGGAUUCGUUAAUGCGCCCAUGCCACCACUUCCUGGAUGAAGGUGAAGGGCUUGGCCUCUCUGAUAGAUACAUCCUCUCCUUUGAGUUUCUGUGGAUACCCUUUGGUUUUGUGUAUGUGUGCGUGUGUUGGACAUGUAACGCUAUACACUCAGGGCACGAAACAGUUAAACUCCACUUUUCAUCAUUUUUAAGUUAAACUCUCUUGUUUAUCAAGUUAAAAUAUAUCUAUACACAAAAACACUUUGUCAGGCAGAGGAAUCUCAGUCAUGUGAUUAUUUAAUUAAACAACACAAUAUAUGUGUAACAAUAUGUUACUAGGGCUGCACGAUAUAUAUGACAUAUGUUAGUGAAGUAUUAAUGUGACAUACAGCACUGUGCAAAGUCCACCCUUCAAAUUUGUUAACAGAAAAAUACACAGUAGCCCCAACGACUACUACUUCCGUUCUUUCCAGGAGACUCGCUUUCAGUUGUUCAGAGAAAUCUGCAGGGAUAUUUUUCCACACCUGCAAAGUUCAGUCUUAGAAGUCGGUUGCACUUUCUGCUUCUCACAAUCCCAGCAAUCUCACAUUCAGAGUACCUAAAGAACACCAGCAGCUUCUUUGUUUUGUCUACGACCUUCUUUCAGUAAGAGCUUCUUGAACAGCAACACAUCCUUUCAGACCGAGCACCGAGGCGUCUUCUCACAGUGGAGGGAUGGGCAGAAACACCUGUGGAUGUUUUCAGAUCUGAAGCAGCUUGAUUUUUCUCCUCUCUCUCAAAGAUGAAAGCUUUAAGUGCUGUUUAUUUGAUGAGGUCAGUUUUGGUGGUCUUCCAGGUUUUGCACUGUUGUUAGGGGCCCCAAUUUUUUGAAAUCCAUUUUUUUUUUUGCUUAUUACCCUUACUUUCCUCUUCUUAAAGGCAUGAUAUUCUAUCAGAAAUAUCUCCUGAAAAAUGAAUAACUUGGACUAAUAAAUGAAGGGUGGUUUCUCACUUUUGCACAGUGCUGUAGUUAAAGAUUGGCCUGCAAAAAUGAUCUUUGUUGGAUCACAUAUACAACUUAAUUCAUCAAAAUAGCCACAAAAAAACUUGGAAACAUCUGGAACUUUGGUCACGACACUCAAAGCAAAAUAUAGUGAUUUGUUUAAAGGGACAGUUAUAGUUCCCCCCUUCAAGAUGCAUCAUCAGAAGGGAGUUUUCCCUCCUAUUCAUGCAUGAGUGCCUCUUUAAGGGCUUAUUUACAUUGCAAGGCUUGACUGUGUCUCUAUUGUGAAAGCCAGCAUUGCAAUAAAGAUUAAUGAUAUAUUGUGCAGCCCUAUUCACAUUCGCACAACACAAGCAUAUUUUGUUACAUGUCUUGAGUGGGUAUUUGUGUGUUUGAUGGCCCUUCCCUUUGACUCAAGAUGACUGCAGUCCCAGGAGUAAAAAUACUUCAGUCGUUCAGGUGGCACUGCCUGGCUGCUCUUUUCAUGAGCUUAUAUGGACAGUUUAUGAUUAGCUUGUUUUCAAAUAUCGGUUCAUUUGAGGCAAGGCCUUACUUUUGUUCCUCUCUCUCUAUCACCAUGUCUUCUUAUGCUUUGAAUGUUCACAGGUGACCGUAGGUAGCACCCUUAACCAAGAACCCCCCUACCGUAUUACUAAUCAGAGGGGAAAAUCAUAAAAUAGUCGUCUAUUCGUCUUCACCCUCACGUUUUCUGGCCACAAAGGGGAAGAAAAAGGUUUUAUUUUUUAAUCACACCUCCCAUGUGUGCUUGGAUUGGAGUUUCCAUGCCAGAUUUUCUAAGCUUAAAACCACAUCGUCUGCAUGUGCAUGUUUAUCGGAGACGUGUAUAAGUAUCGUUUAGGUGAGUAUUGUAAUUUCGCUUUAGGAACCGAGGCCAAUUUUCCAUGCGUGUUUUUUUUAAAAAUUCAGCUUGUGGAAAAAUUGUCAAAGCAAUAUUGUAUCUGAAGAUAUUGAAAAGUGGGCCGAAAUCUGUAUGGAAACUCCACCAUUUCCACAAAAACGAAAAAAAAAAAAACGUGUAACUGUCUCUGGGCCGCAUGAAU